AGUAUAAACAACAGAGAUAAAAACGCAAAAAUAUCUCGUUGAAUGGGAAAGAAAAAUCGAAAUUUAAAAGUCAGUUAGAUCAUUCCAGAACAGGAUCCUGAAACCCUUUACAAAAAGAGCCCAAAACCCACGCUCUUUGGCCACACCUGUUCUGCGUUUAGCCUUCGAGAGAGAGAGUUAAAGAAAAGAAAGCAGAGCCGGCGAUCAUGGUGAUGAAGGUCCACGGAAGCGUCUUAUCCACCGCGGCCAUGCGGGUCCUCAUUGUCCUCAACGAGAAGGGCCUCGAGUUCGAGUUCGUUCCCGUCGACAUGCGAGCCGGCGAGCACAAGAAGGAGCAUUUCCUGGCCCUCAACCCUUUCGGUCAAGUCCCGGCCUUUGAGGACGGAGAUUUGAAGCUAUUCGAAUCAAGGGCAAUUACUCAAUACAUAGCUAAUGUAUACAAGGACAAGGGCACUCCCCUCGUGUGCGAGGGCAAACCCAUGGCGACCUUGGGCGUGUGGAUGGAGGUCGAGGCCCACCAGUUUGACCCGGUGGGGUCGAAGCUGCAGUGGGAGCUCCUGUUUAAGCCGAUGUUCGGCAUGGCCACGGACGCCGCAGUAGUCGAGGAGAACGAGGCCAAGCUCGCCAAGGUCCUCGACAUCUACGAGGCCCGGUUGAGCCAGUCCAAGUACUUGGGCUGCGACUGCUUCACCCUGGCCGACCUCCACCACCUCCCAGUCCUGACCAACCUGAUGGGGACCCAUGUGAAGAAGCUGUUCGACGCCCGCCCCAAGGUGAGCGCUUGGGUGGCCGACAUCAUGGCCCGGCCGGCUUUGGCCAAGGUUCUUGCCAUGAGGAACCAGCAGUGAAGCCCAGGCUCUAGUUUAAAAUUAUCUGGUGCUGGGGGACCAUAACAUUAGACCUUUUCUACCCCUUUUUAUAUGAGUUGUUAGCUGUAUUUCGUUGUUGAUUCUGUCCUUCUCGGGUCAAUGUUUUAUGUGGGAUUUUCUCUGAUGGGUCGUCUUCAAUCAUCAAAGUUGGAGAUGAUGACCAGGCUGGUGUUUCGCAGAACUGGACUUCUGGUUCUGUGAUUUUCUAUUAUGAGCAAUAAAAAGAUUGGACAGAUGCAGAGUUAUGUUUCAUGAGUCAUUGGCUUUUUAUGUCUCAUCUUUCUAGUUUCAUUAGAGUGUAAUGAUUGCUGCAAGUGCUGGUAUUAUCUUUA